GUCCUUAUCUCGACAGGUGUGGGGGAGUCCUGGAGUCAGAUGCGCGGAGUUGGCUGUCGCCAAGGGCGCUGCCAGAAAAGCCUGGACCGGCAGAAGACGAGCUCUCGGCGUGCGAAGGUCAGCGAAAGUUUUUGCACUUUCAUCGAUUUCGUGCACGCUUUGGUCCCUCCGAAGUCGUCGGAGAUCGACCUGUAGAACUGCGGCCUGCGCAGUUGAGACAGAGGUUCAAGCAGACUUUAUCUCGUGCUGUUCAAUGGCGCCACGUUGGGAGGAUGCUGUGGAAGAGGUUGCAGCUGAAGCUGGAACUGGCUUCGAGGCUGCGUAUGUCUUCGUUAGCGAACUGUACGUCGAUCAGGCUCAGGGCAUGGCACCUGUGCUGGAAGCAGUCCAACAAAGGCUGGACGUGGAACAUGUAGUGGGCGGUGCAUGUGCAGGCGCCAUUGGCCAAACAACAGGUGAGAUGGCUUCUGAAUAUGCCGGAGGCCAUCGGCAGCCCUGCGAGGUUGAGGCUGGCUUUGUGCUAUCUGUUGCGGUGGUGCGAAGCGCUGGUGCGGUGCCUUUUUUCCUUGGAGCAAACGCUGAAGGAGACCUGGCACUCCUGAAUCGUAUGGCAGCCAGUGGAGAGGUCCGCUCUAUGAUUCUGCUUGCGGAUCCAUUUGGACCGAUUCCCGACAUCAUGCAAAGCUUGGACGAAAGUUUUCCCAAGGUCCCCAAAGCGGGCGGCAUCACCGCUGCGCUGCAGGUGGGGUCGGACGGGCGGUCCUCCUUCAUGCCCUCGAUGGCCAUCUGCUCCAAAGGCAAUAAAGCCCGGCUCUUGAGCAAGGGAGUCUGUGGGCUUCUGCUCACUGAGAUGGAUGUUCACACUGUGGUGUGUCAGGGCUGCUUGGGAGUAGGCCCUGCAGUUCGGAUAAGCAAUGUCUCGCCUUCUGGCGACGUUUGCAUCGGCAUUGGAGGAAGGCCAGCCAAGGAGGCUCUCCUUCUGAUCUUCAGCGCUGUGGAUGAGGAGCUUCGGGCGAAAAUGCAGACAAACUUAGUUGUGGGCUUGGGCCGUCAGGGCGAGAGCGAAACCUCAGUUGAUGAUGGAGACUGGCUCAUCCGUGGCAUCGCGGAGGUGACCCCCAACGGAAGCUUCAGGCUUGGGCCUGGAAUUGCUGAGGGCCAACCCCUUCGCUUCCACGUUCGGGACAAAGACUCAGCUGAAAGCGACCUGAAGCUGAUGUUGAAACGCUAUCGGUUAGAGCGGACCUUCAGUGGUAGCAAGGAGCCCAUCGGCUCUCUGCUCUUUACUUGCAACGGACGGGGCAAGGGGCUCUAUGGGCGACAGCACGUCGAUGCACGAGCGCUCGAAGAAGCUUUGGGAGAAGAGCUGGGGCAGCGGGUGAGUGGCUUCUUCUGCAACGGGGAGAUUGGCUCGCCGGGAUUGGUGCUCCCAGCAGCAGAGUUGGGCGAACGUGCGGAGGUGAGAAAGACAGCGUUGCAUGGCUUUACCGCUGUUUUUGCGAUGCUUGUGCCAAGCAGCUCAAAGUCCUGA